AUGGCGCGGUGUGGUGGAGUGAAUGCCUCGGCGCCGGAAAGAUCAGCCAGGGGAGUGGAACGAUCUGCUCGAAGCGGCCGGGGUCCCUGGAUCGGCCGGGGCCUGGCCAUUGUUGUGCUCUGUGCCCUCGGACUAGUGGGCGGCAAGCAAAUCAAGGUGGUGGAAAAUCCACGCAACAGUGGCUCGGGCGCUGCUGUUGGCGCUGACAGCGGCAGCUAUCCCAAACAGACUCCGCGAGUGCCACCCUCCAAUUUUACCGGCCCUGAGCUCUUUGCCAACACGACUCAGCUCUGCCUCAGCCAUCAUGCUUCCACCUACGAGUAUCGAGUAUGUCUUUUUGAUAAUGUAACACAGCACGAUACGCACAAUUCAUGGAAUCCCUACCACGGGAUUCUCGGUGUAUAUCAGGGCUGGUCCAUCAUCAACGACACCUUUACUGCUAUACUCUAUCAUGAGGGUGACCCCAAGCAUCGCAUCAUCAGUGCCGGCGAGCCCGAACGCUGUCGUUAUGUUCUUGAAAUGGAAACACCCCUGGCCUGUGAUGAUCAACUGAAAGUGGAGCGCUGGCUAUCUAAAGCAGGGCGCCAGCGCCUGCAGCGACUCCGUGAAGAGUUGUACGACGAAGAGAUUACCCAGAGCGGCUACAAGCGCCGUACCACACGCCUCUAUCAAGACGAGGGUUUUCUGCCUCGCCCCACAACAGCCUCGACGACAACAACGACGACGACGACGACCACCACCACCACCACUGCUGCCGCAACUACCAAACCGGCUUCUUCUCCCUCAAGCUCGUCCAAUGAAAAGGAGGCAGGGGUUAACGUGGAUCACGGUGCCAACAAGGUGCUACGACUGGGUGGUGUUAUCGCCGGCGGCCCAGAGCACAAUGAUGACAUGACGCUGGACAGCCUGCCUGCUAAGGUUGCAGACACUUCUGAUCGCUUGGUGGGCCACGCACCAGACCUGCCUUGCCCAACCGCAGAUCAGCUAGCAACACUGGAGCAGCAACUCGCGUUGCUGCGCAUGGCGCUGAACUUUAGCAACAUUUCCGAGGCAGAGGUGCAAGCGACAUACGAAGCGCACCUCGCCGAGCAAGCGGAUGCGUCUUCACCCUCGACCACGCCGCACGCCCCAGCACCACCCCCCGGGUUGGAGUUUUCGGUGCAUCAGGUGGCGCGUCAGCCAGGGCCCCCAACGCAAGCGGUGGAGCCGGUUGCUGUUCAACUUGUGAGUGAAACGAACGAUGAAGACGUUGGCAUGGCCAAAGCCCAGCCAAUCGCGGGUGCGCCCAGUGAUUCAGUGGUUGGGGUCGACACCCAUGCCGCACUGUGA